AUGAGUAGUUCCAUGCCCGAAGAAUCCCGACGGAAGAGAGUCCGAAAGGGAACGAAGAGCUGCUGGGAGUGUAAGCGGAGGAAGAUCAAAUGUGUUCCGUCGCAGGAUAAUGCUAUCUGUGCUAGCUGUCUAGACAGAAGCACGCCUUGUCUUAGCCAGGAGUAUGUGAAUGAUCCUGCACCACAUCAUGCGGACUAUUCGGCGUUGGCUGAGCGUAUGGCGAGGGUGGAGUCAUUGCUUGAGGCCUUGAUGGAUAGGAUGACUCCUUCAUCUAUUACAGCGAGGACGGAUUCCCAGCCUCUGGUUGCAUCGCCAUCGAAUGCUUCUGGGCUGCAGGCUGAAGUUGCUCCCUUGUCAAGCAAACUCGAGAUUUUGCGUCUACAGCUGGCUGCAAUGUUGCCCUGUCAAGCGGACGUGGAUUGUCUGUUCGCUUCGAGUCACGGUUGCUGGCUUAUCCAACAACAUAUGAUGCCGGAUUCACCAGACUCGGUGGAUCACCAGUUAUUUAAUGUCUCCGAGGUCUCGAAACAACAUCCGAUAACGAUUACGCGGCUACUUCUCUGCAUUGCCAUCUGCAUUCAGCAGCUUCCAUUUGAUAUGAAUUUGCCAACCCUACAGACUACGGCACCACUUCGAGACGUGAUGAGCGAUAUUAUUGACUUUAUUGUUCAAAACGUCACCUCGAUUGACGAGCUGACUGGAAGCACUGAGAGUGUCGAAUGUCUUGCACUUCAGGGAAUGUACGAGGUCAAUGCUGGCAAUCUUCGAAGAUCAUGGCGUACGUUUCGAAGGGCCAUCACAAUCGCUCAGCUUUUGGGUCUACACAGAGUGGCUGUCACUCCAUCCCAGGAAAGGCAAAAUUCGAUUAAGACCAAACAACAUCAUUUAUGGUAUCAGAUUGCAAGAGGAGAACGUUACCUAUCCACCCUCCUCGGUCUGCCAUCAAGUACAGGCUCAGCGGUCUUCCCUUGCGAUGACGACGCCUCUUGGCUCUCACUAGAAGACCGGUAUCACAAGCACUUGUACCAUAUAUCCGGCCUCAUUCUUGCUCGCAACCAAGGAGAUGGCACUCACUCUUUCUCAACAACACAGCAAAUCAGUGAAAAACUCGAUGCACUCGCCGAGCAAAUGCCCCCCUCCUGGUGGGAAAUCCCUACGAAGAUCCCAACCAACCGCACCAAAGAAGCAUCCGCCCAGUUCGAGCGAAUCAUGUGCCAAAUCUGGCAUUUCGAGCUGGCAACUCUUGUGCAUCUACCCUUCAUGUUCCGCGCGGCAACCGAUCGACGAUACGAAUAUUCCCAUAUCUCCUGCUUAGACGCUAGCCGCAAUCUAAUCCAACGAUGGAUCUUCAUUCGCGAGAGCCAUAACAUGCUCCUCUUCUCCAACCUCUUAGAAUUCCAGGCCUUCACAGCAGCGACAACGCUCCUUCUAGGGCUCCUAGCCGCCCCGAAAAGUACAAACCAGGGCAUCUUACAAGAGCGAUGCGAAGAUUCUCAACUUAUAGAGACGGUGGUUGCGAAUUUCGAAAGACGCAAGCAACAUGGCAUUGGGAUGUCCGUUGGUACUCAGAGUAUUUCGGUCAUUCGCACGCUUCAGCAGUUUCUCCACGGACGGAACUCAUCUGAUAGAUUGUGUGUGGAGAUUCCAUUUUUCGGCGUUAUUAAGAUUGUACGCGGUGCCGUUCAACCGCUAGAAGGGGAGCGACUUCUCGGGGCUAAUGUGUGCCAAAGUGCCUCAUUCCUGGGACCUGCACAAUCGACUGCAUUCUCUUCCAUGAGAACGGAGCGCAUCUCAACAUCAAUGACGUAUCCUAGAAAUCAAACACCCCGAAAAACAGAUGAAAACGAAGACAAUGCCUUCAACAACAGUAUGGGGAUAGAAAACACCAUCUUCCACUUCUCCGGCGGCCAUUUCCAACUCCCCGGAGCACUAUCUCCCAUCCCUGAAGGACUUGAUCCCAGCGAAUGGACAUUCAACGAAAGCGACAUGAUAUUCUUCGACAGUCUAAUCAACACAGAUCUGAUAGGAAACUGGACUCUCUAA